AUGUCGACCCCUGUUCUGCCCCCCAUCACGUCAAGGGAGUACAUGAUGGGUGGCGGCGGCGGCGGCGGCGAUGGAGGAGCGGGCAUUGACGUGCGGCAGGCCGCGCUGCUGCUAGCGCGCUUCGCCUGCAACGCCCACACCGCGUGCGACGAGGAGCUGCGGCCCUAUGGUGUGGGGCUGUACCCGCUCGGGGCUAUGGUGAACCACGGGGACAGCCCAAACGCGGUGCAGGGGUUCAGGGGGGCGGACAUCGAGUUCAGGGCGCUGAGGGCCAUCUCGCCUGGCGAGGAGGUGACCAUAGCCUAUGUGGAGCUCGCGACGCCGCGAGUCGAGCGCCAGCUGCAGCUGCGGCGGCAGUACUUCUUCGACUGUGAUGCAUCCCUUGCGGCGGGCGGCGCACACGAGCCCAGCGGUUGCGGCGGCGGCGACGACGGCGGCCGCGAGACAGGCGGCGGCAGCACGCGAUUGGGUAGCGGCGGCGCAGCUGGCGGAAGUGAUAGGGACGGCCGCGGAGAGAAUGCAGCUGACGGGGGCGGCGGUGGCAUCGCUGAGGUGGCCACAGGCGCCGUCGGGCACGCAGCUGGAGGCGCGCUUGUGUGGGGCGCAGCGCCCGCUCGGUCUGAUCUGCUAGAGCCGCCUGAGGGGGCAGGCGGCGGCGGCGGCGGCGGCUUCUGGCUACACUGCUUUGGCCCGUCCCCGCGGCCGCCCUGGCGGGAGGAUCCCCCUGAUGCCGCGAUGUGCGAGGUGCUACUGCCGCCGCCGGCCGCGGGCGGCGCCGGCGCGGCGCUGCCGGGGGGCAUGCUGCUGCUGCUGCAGGGCGGCGAGGGGGGCGAGGGCGGCGGGGAGGAUGGAGGCCUCGGGCCGGCGAGCGGCAGCUUCCCAACGGGGCCGGGGGCUGGGGACGACGAGGAGGGCGGAGGGGCGUCACCAACGCCGGCAGCGGCGGCGGGCGAAGCGGCCCAGGGCGCGGGCUGGGGCGGUGGCGUGGUCGCGCUGCAGUGGGGCGAUUGGGACGCAGUUGGGGCGCAGGCGUCAGCGGGGCUCUGUGGAUUGGCAGGCGCGCCCCAGCUUCCGGAGGCGGCUGCGCGGCAGCUGCGCGCCGUGCUGCGGCUUCAAGCAGACGCUGAGCGGCUGAGCAGCGCGGGCGACAGCGGCGGUGCAGCUGACGCCCUCACGGCCGCGCUGCGAGCCGCGGGCUGCCUCCCAAGGGGCCCCUGGGCGAGCGCGGCAGGCGCGACGGCGGGGCGGCCGCAGGCCGGAAUCCCGGCUGUGGUGGCGCUGGGCCCGCGGCACGUGCUGCGUCAGCGGCUCCUGGCGGCGCUGCUCAACGCGUGCGUCGCGGCCGGCGACAGGUGGUCAGCGGCGCUGGCGGCGGCGGAGGCGCUGGCGCCCUGCUACGAGGCCGCCUACCCGCGGGUGUGGCCCAACCUGGGCCUGCACCAUGCGCUGCUGGCAAAGCUGCAGAUGCUGCUGGAGCAGCCCGCGGCGGCGCGCGCCUCGGCGGAGCGGGCGGCCGAGAUCCUGAGGGUGACUCAUCCCCGAAGCGGCACUCUGGACGAGGUCCUGCGGAUACGGCUGGAGGCGGACCAGGAGCUGCUGCAGCAGUCGGCCCCGCAGCACCCACAGGUGUCCAACGCGCUCUUUGAGCCACCAGCGUUCCAGCCAUCCAAGCUUUCGGUGGAGUUCCUGCCAGGCGCCGAUGCGCAGGGCCCCGCUCCGCCGUGCGCGCGCCGCUACACCCUCACGCACAAUGACAUCACAGGCGCCCUGCAGCUGUCGAUAGGCGCUAAGUUCAACGCGCGCCAGGUGCGGAACCUGUACACCCGCGUGCUGCGCGACGAGGUGGUCGCCGAGUGGCGCUUUGGUGGCGGCACGGCGGAACAGCAGCCGCAGCAGCAACAGCAGCAGCAGCAGGAAGUACCGAUCGGCCUCAACGGUGGCACUGGCUCGGGCAAGGCACGGCGGCGGCGAGACAGCGGCAGUGGUGUGAGCAGCAGCGGCAGAGGGGGCGCGGCGGACCACAGGCCAUCGCUGCACGUUUUCUGCCACGUCAGCGGCGAGGAGCGGUGGCUAGCGCCGCCGCAGCUGCGCAACUUUAUUUUCAGGCGGGAAAUGACUCUGGUCCUCGACACGCUCCUGUUUGCGGACCAGGAGCUGCUGCGGGGCCACCCCUGGCUGCGGUCUGCGGACGUCCUGGUGCACUUCCAGUCGGCCCAGCCAGAUCUGGACGCGGUGGAGCACUGGGGCACUCUCGGCGACCGCACGUCUUGGCAGCGCCUGCCCAAGGGCGUGGCGGCACGCCUGCAGCUGCUGCUGGGCGGCUUCCCGGACGGGCGGCGGCUGCAGCGGCAGCCGUGCGGAGGGUUGUUGCUGGACGAAGGGGGCGGCCGCACGCGGCUGUGGGGUGCGGAGCAGGCGGCGGCGCUGGGCAAGGGUGGCGCGGCGCGCAACCGCGGCGUCAACAGCAGCGCCGCCGGUGCCGGCGCCAUGCUCUCUGUGCAGCCCAGUGCAGUCCCCCUCGUCGGUGCCAGCGCCGGCCUUCUCAAGGCUGCGGCUGAGGCCGCUGCCGAGGCCCAGGCCCAGGCCGCAGCGACGGGGCUUGGCCCGUGGCGCGUGGCCGGCGACGGCGCCCGCGACGCGUUCAGGGCCAGCCUAAGUAGCAGCCUCGCGAGCUCGGGCGGCUCCAGCGCAGGCGCCAGCGCCAGCAGGGCCAGCCCCAGCAGCAGCCUCGCGGGCGCUGGCGCCUCGAGCGCCAGCACCAGCAGUGGCUGCAUCACGGCCGCCAGUGACAUGACCGGGCCCGGCAGCGGCGCCAGCAACAGCGACGCCGGCAGCACCAACUUGCCCGCGGCCGCGGCGCCGCAGCCGCAGCCGCAGCCGCAGCCGCAGCCGCCGCCUGCGCCCCCGCCGCCGGUGCGAGUCACGGCCAGGCCGUCCACCGCCACGGGUCCGUCUGCGGGCUCGGGCCCCGCGGCCCCGCGCUCGCCCUCUGUGGCGGCGGCGGCCCUUGCUCAGCGCGCGAUGUACUCCGCUGGGUCGUACUGGGACGGCCGCUACUCCUCGCGCACCGGCCCCGCCCACUUUGACUGGUUCUUCUCGUACCACGCGCUGAGGCCGCUGCUGCGCGCCGCGCUCGCGCUGCCGGGCGCGCCCGCGCUGCAUGUCGGCUGCGGCAACAGCGACCUCAGCAUCGGCAUCGGCGAGGACGGCACGCCGGUCGUCAACACCGACAUCUCGCCGGUCGUCAUCGCCCAGAUGCGCGCCGAGGCCGCCACCUGGCCCGACGGCCCCGCGCGCCGCAACUGCAGCUGGGAGGUCGCCGACUGCCGCGCGAUGCCGCAGUUUGACGACGGCUGCUUCGGCGCCGUGGUGGACAAGGGCACGCUGGACGCGGUGCUGUGCAGCGGGACGGGCCUGGGGGACGCGCGCAACUAUGUGGCCGAGGCGCACCGCCUGCUGGCGCCUGGCGGCACCUUCCUGCUCAUCAGCCUGGGGCAGCCCGAGGCGCGCCUGGGGGUGCUGCGCGCGCAGCCGCGCCGCAGGCGGCCGUCGAGCGCGGAGGCGUCGGCGCCGGUCUGGGCGGCGGCGGGCGCCGGCGCAGGCGCUAGCGGGACCGCCGGCGCGGGCGCCAGCGCGGCGGCGCCUCUGGCAUUGCGCAUCGCUGCGCACAUGGCGGCAGCCAUGGAAUCAGCGCCCUCGGCCGUGCUGCCCGCUGCGGCGCCUGGUGGCGCGGGCGCCGGCCCGCCCUCCCCCGCCGGCGCCGGCGCCGCGCCCGGCCCUGGGCGGCGCGGCGAGGUGCGGUGGGCGCGCGUUCUGGUGUACCUCCUGCCCAAGCCCACGCUGUACCGCCAGACCGAGGAGCUGCUCGUCAGCCGCCGCUCCUACGACGGCGGCGCGGCAGCACAGCCACAGCAGCAGGACCAGCAGCAGCAGCAGCAACAGCAGGCGGCGCCCGCCCGGCCGGCGUCGCCGACGUGGCGCGGGCGCCAGGUGGGCAAGGACGAGCCGGUGGAAUGGCUGGGGCCUUUCGAGGUGGGGCCUGAGCUGGAGGAGGCGCUGACGUCACCGGGCGUCAACCCCCGCGACUUCUUCUUCGCGUACGCCUGCGCCAAGCCGCCGCCCGCGACGCCGCGCUCGCGGCGCGGGUCGGCGCUGUCCGGCGCCGCGCUGGGGCAGGCGCCGGUCGCGCGGCUGGCGUCGGGCGGCGACGGGGCCGGCGGCGCGGGCGCAGGGGUUGGGCUGGACGCAGCGGCGGCGAUCAAGCUGGAGCCAGGCGAGGCUGCGGGGGCGCCGGCCUCUGCACCCCAGGGCGCGGACUUGCUGCCGCGCACUGCUGAGUGA